AUGGCUCAGAAUGCUUACGAUGCCAAGCAGGCAAAGAAAGCAGUCAACGGCAGAGAAACACUGCACGACAAGAUCAUCCAAGCAAGAGCUUUUACCGUUAAGCAGGAGGCGGCCCUCUCCAAGGGCGUCGCUGGUGAGCAGUCCAGGCUUCUCUGGAGGCAUGGCUGCUUUAUCCUGGCGACAGGUGGCGAGCUGGCAUUCGGGAGGCGCAAGGUGCACGAAGAGCCUGUGCCCGAGCCUCCAGCUGCUCCACCUGCCACGGAAAUUCAUCGAACCAUUGUGGUGGGCGGCUUCUUCAUUGCAGGAGUCCUACUGGCCAUCUGCAGAUUUUGCGCUAGACAAAGAACGAGUUUGCGAAGACCCUACCGGAUUCCGGACUUCGAGGCAGGGGCCAAAAAGGCCUUAGCAGCGGAUGCAGAGGCGGAGUUCCGGAGAGUCGUGAAGUUUCUUCAGGAUGAGGUGCUGAUUCCGAUUGAUGUUCGGCUCCCUGGUCGCCCUUUCGAGUACGAUAUGCACGCGUUUCCUUUUACGCCGAUGGUCUUGGUGAUUGGCAAUCACUCCUCCGGCAAGUCCACCUUCAUCAACAAGCUGUUGGGGAAAGAGGUCCAGGAUACUGGCGUUGCACCCACAGACGACGGCUUUACAAUCCUUGAGAGACGGACGGUCACCGAAACAGAGGACGGUCCGACGGUUCUUGGAUGUCCGGAGAAUCGACCAUAUGCUGAGCUGCAGCGGUUUGGUCAGACCUUGGCCGGAGUGCUGCGAAGGAGAUGUGCUGUAAUCGAAAAUUGUGUCUGUCUAUUUUCAUUGAGUGUAAUAAAUAAAUAA